AUGCAUGGCCCCUGUGGUGCUGCUAGAAAAUCUUCUCCUUACAUGCAGAAUGGUAGGUGUACAAAGCACUUUCCAAAAAAAUUUGUGUCAUCAACCACAAUUGAUGAAGAUGGGUAUCCAAUUUAUAGAAGAAGAGAUGAUGGUAGAACUGCAAAGAGAGUAGGUAUUGAGUUGGAUAAUAGGUAUGUUGUACCACGCAAUAGAUUUUUAUUAUUGAAGUAUGGUGCAUAUAUUAACGUGGAGUGGUGUAAUCAAUCACGAUCUAUUAAGUACUUAUUUAAGUAUGUUAAUAAAGGAAAUGAUCGUAUUACCGCAGCUUUUUCUCAAAGUGUAAAUAAGGAAGACUCAGGGGUCGUUGAUGAAAUAAAUAUGUAUUGUGAUUGUCGAUACAUAUCACCUUGUAAAGCUGCUUGGAGAAUAUUUAAAUUCCCAAUACACCACAGAGAACCAUUGGUAGAAAGGCUAUCUUUUCACCUGUCAAAUAAUCAAAUAGUCAUAUUUUCGGAUGAUGAUCCAAUUGAUGCAGUUGUCAACAGACCAACCGUUGAGGAAUCUAUGUUUUUAAGCUGGUUUGAAGCUAAUGAGACAUUUCCUGAAGCAAGAAAAUUGACUUAUGCAGAAUUUCCUCUAAAGUUUGUGUGGAAACAAAACCCGAAAAGAUGGGAAAAAAGAAGAAUAUCUGCAUUUUCUAUUGGGAGAAUCUUCUUUGUUCCACCUGGAUCCGGCGAGCAAUAUUACCUUAGAUUAUUGUUGAAUGUCAUUAAAGGUCCAAAGAGCUAUGACGAACUCAAAAGAAUCAACAGUUGUGAUCAUGAGACUUUUAGAGAUGCAUGUUAUGCUUUGGGUUUAUUAGAUGAUGAUAAGGAAUACGUGGAUGCUAUAAUGGAAGCAAGUAAUUGGGUAAUGGCAUCAUAUCUUAGGCAAUUAUUUGCUAUGCUACUUUUAUCAAAUUCAAUGUCACGGCUAGAAAGAAUUUGGCAAGCAACAUGGCAUUUACUAUCAGAAAAUAUCCUUCAUGAAGAAAGAACAAUAUUGGAUCACCCAGAAGUUGAGCUAACAUAUCAUGAAUUGAAAAAUCAUUAUUUGCAAAAGCUUGAAGUUUUUUUGAAAGGUUGUGGAAGAAGUUUUCAGGAUUUUCCAACAAUGCCAAGGCCUGUUUAUAAUACGGAAGAAGUUGACAACAUUAAUAGAUUAAUACGGGAUGAAUUGCGUUAUAAUAAACGCGCUUUGGCGGAGGAACAUCAACAAUUAGUAAAGAAUUUGACAGAUGAGCAAAAGUCAGUUUAUGAAAAAAUAAUAAGAGCUGUGAAUGAAGACAAGGGUGGAUUUUUCUUUUUAUAUGGUUUUGGAGGAACAGACAAGACUUUUGUUUGGAGAAUUUUGUCUUCUGCCAUAAUAUCUAGAGGAGAUAUUGUGUUAACUGUUGCAUCUAGAGGGAUUGCAUCUUUGUUGUUACCAGGUGGUCGAACAGCUCAUUCAAGAUUUGUGAUUCCUCUAAAUCUAACCGAAGAUUCAACAUGUAAUAUUAAGCAAGGUACUCCUUUAGCAAAUUUAAUUGUCAAGGCAAAGUUGAUUAUUUGGGAUGAGGCACCCAUGAUGCAUAGAUAUUGUUUUGAAGCUCUUGAUAAAACUUUAAGAGAUAUUCUUAAGUUUAAAGAUGCAUCCAAUUUAGACCACCCAUUUAGAGGUAAAACAAUUGUUCUUGGUGGUGACUUCAGACAAAUAUUACUUGUCAUUCCAAAAGGCACUAGGCAAGAUAUUGUUAAUGCAUCUCUCAAUUCUUCUUAUUUGUGGCCUCACUGUCAGCUCUUAAAGUUAACAAAGAAUAUGAGAUUGCAAGAAAGUACAUAUCCCGAUUUUAACAGUCGUUGCAGUGAUAUAGGAUACCUCCAGCAAAGAGCUAUUCUUGCUCCAACUCUUGAUAUGGAGUUUCAAAUCACGCUCGGAUUAUGUAAUGGAACAAGGUUGAUCAUAACCAAACUUGGAAAUCAAGUCAUUGAAACGAAGGUUUUAUUAGGACAGAUGGCUGGACAGAAAGCAUUUAUUUCAAGAAUGAUAUUGACUCCAUCUGAUGCUAGAAUUCCAUUUAAGUUCCAGUGA